AGCAACACUUCAUUCUGUAGGUCAACUAGUGGUUUCGUUCUGUUUGUCUCAUCUCUGAGGAUUGACACGAUCAACAUGGCCGUUCCAGCCCAAAAACCGUCGGUCAACGGAGCGGCACCUCGCAAGCCGUCGACAGCACGUGCUCCAGUGAAGAAGGCAGGGACGGGUGCAGCCAAACCAACAGUCAACAAGAAUGCAAAGUCGGUGCCGCAGAAAGCUGCUCCAAUUACAAACAAGGCCUACUCCAUCGCCGGCGAGAGCCCGGCGAGCGGCGGCGGCGUGGGAUCGGCAUACGCAAUCAUGGCUUCACGAAUCGCCAACCGAGUUGCAGAGAUGGCGGAGAGCAUCACGUUUGUAGAGCGACCCCGAGCCCCAGAACCCCAAGUCGAGGCUGAAGAGAAGCGGAAACCACGCAAGCUUGAGAUGCGGUUUGACGGCACGAGUGGCAGUCAAGAGCACGUCAAGUUUUCCGCACCCUUCUUGGACAACACGCUGCAGAAGAUGCUCUUGCUGCAGAAUCGAAUGCUGAAGACGACGGGGGAGUUGUCGAAGGCGGAAGGGGUGGAUGCGCGGGUGAUUCAAGAGCAUGCGGCGCAGAGUGCGGAGUUGAGUCGGAUUAUUGCUAUGAUAUGCGCGGAGAAGGCGAGACAGGGCGCGUAGCUGGCGUGGUUGGAUGGAUGGGUCGAUACUGUGUCUUCAGAGACGAAUUGGGAAUCUACAUUACCGGGUCAAUGAGGGGAAACAUCUCGUUCACCGUAAGGUGUUGAUGCAAUCACCCGUUCGUAGACCAUCACCAGCCGGACGGGCCGGGCAACGGCCCUGGCGGGGGUGGCGGCAGUUACAGUACUUGGAUGCUCCCUCCACCGGCCUGCCGACCGGCGCAUGUGAACAUUGAGUGCCGCCCGGCUCACGGCGAUCGCUCACAACAAAUCGACAACACUUGCCCUUCCUUACGAUGCAGGCAAUGUUAUUGGAGAGCUGCAAAGUGCAUUGCGCCUACCUCGCACGCGGCGUGCAUCGUUUCGGAGCUCGAGAGGAGCCGAGAGUGAAGAAGACAGAGUGAGACUGUAGAUGGAUGUAAG